UGCGCAGUGCCUGUUCGGGGAGCGGUCGGGGAAGACAUGGCUCGGGUUGUCGGCUUGGUGUCGGCGCUGCUGCUGCGGGUGGCGAGCCGGAGUACGGUCGCUGAAGUCUGCCGCCCUCAGAGGAGGUAUUGGGCUCCUGUUCCCCAAAGCCAACCCAAAGCUUGUUACAGUGUUUGUACAGCGCCAUCUGAAACUGUCACUUACCAGGAAUUAAAGCAGUUGCUCAAAUCAAACAAAAUUGUUCUGAUUGACGUCAGAGAACGCUGGGAACUUCAGGAGUACGGGCAGAUACCUGGAUCCAUAAAUAUACCACUGGGUGAAGUGGAGCAAACAUUGCAGCUGAAUCCUGAACGUUUUAUGGAAAUGUACAAAGAAAGAAUGCCAACCACGUCAGAUAAAAUUGUCUUUUCAUGCUUGGCAGGACUCAGGAGUAAAAAGGCCUUAGAUACUGCUACAUCUUUAGGCUACAGCAGAGCUGUACAUUUUCCAGGUGGUUGGGAAGAAUGGCAAUCCAGUGAACUUGCUGAGAAAAAAGGAUAAGCCAUUUCAGGAGUUUCUUACUGAACGAAUUCCCAAUGAAUUGCAGAUUAUUUUCAGAAGCCUUUACUACACGCACAAAAUGCCGGAGGAGCUCAACAAGUCAGGUAGGAAAAUGGAAAGGAGUAAAGAGUCAACACUUCAGGCUGAGACCUUUCAUCAAGACUUCAAUCAAAAUGUUUCAUCUUUUCCAUAGAUGCCGUCUGACUUGCUUGUUCCUUCACCAUUUUGUGUGUUACUCUGGAUUUCCAGCAUCUGCAGAAUCUCGUGUUACUGGUUCUAAACUGGUACUCGUAUAAUAAAUAUAAGAUCAUAAGACAUAGGAGUAGAAUUAGACCAUCUAUCAUGGUUGAUUGAUUAUUAUCCCUCUCAACCCCAUUCUCCUGCCUUCACUUGGUAACCAUACUAAUCAAGAACCUAUCAACCUCUGCUUUAAAUAUGCAAUGAUGUGGCCACCACAAUCAUCUGUGGCAAUGAAUUCCAGAUUCACCAUCCUCUGGCUAAAGAAAUUCCUCCUCAUCUUUGUUCUAAAGGGACGUCCCUUUAUUCUGAGUCUGUGCCCUCUUGUCCUAGACUCACUCACUAUAGGAAACACCCUCUCCACAUCCAUUCUAUCUAGGCCUUUCAAUAUUUGAUAGGUUUCAGUAAGAUUCAAAGAGAAUUAAAUAUCUCAUGUGAAGAGGUAUUUUGCAAUAUUUACUAAGAAAUUUCUUAAUAUUCAAAUUAAUCCUCAGUUGCAUCAUUGUUUACCAGAUUCAUGAAUCACUCUCCUGCUUCAUUUUAGUUACAUCCUAUAUCUGUGACGGUUAUAUUUUUUUUACAAUUUUGUGCAAACAUGUGUGUCUUGAAGCCUACAGAUGGCUUUCCAGUUAACCAAGAAAUUAUAUUUGUGUUGUUACAGACUAUGACUUAAUUACAUUAUGUCUAUAGCCAAAUCCCCUACUUCCCUUUCACACCCCAAAAUGAAACACAAAUGAAGCUUUUUUAACACAAUUUCUGCCUGUGCUUUCACUUUUUUUUUGUAAAAAGGUUUCAGCCCACUUAGCCAAAUGAGAUAAGUCAGUAUCUAAUUUUUCUGCUUUCAUGAGUUCUCUAGCUUCCUGGUUUCAGCCUCUUCCUUUCCAGUCCAGCUGAAAGGUCUCAGCCUGAAACGCUCAUUCCUCCCCACUGAUGCUGCCUAGCUUGCUGAGUUCCUCCAGCAGUCUGUGUCUUUUAAGUCAGUACUAUAAUGUUUUCAAGACACAUGUAAUCUUUUGAAAGCCAAGCAUCAACUCAAAAGUUCAAAGUAAAUUUAUUAUGAAAGUACAUAUGUCACCGUAUACAUCUCUGAGAUUCAUGUUUUGCAGGCACACUCAAUAAAUCCAUAAGAGAACAAUAACAAUAGAAUGAAUGAAAGACAGCACUCACUAACUUGGACAUUCAACCAAUCUGCAAAAGACAACAAAUUCUUAAAAAAAAAUGGAAAGAAAGAAUAAAUAUACAGAGCAUGAGAUAGUGAGUUGUGGGAACAUUAUAAUGAGGGGACGUGAAGUUAUCCCCAUUGGUUCAAGAGCUUGAUGCUUGAGUAACAACUGUUCCUAAACCUGGUCCUAUGAAUCAUGAGGUUCCUGUACCACCUUCCUGAUGAUGGAUGCUGCUUUCCUGCGACAGUGCUUCAUGUAGAUGUGCUCAACAUGGGGACUGCUUUAGUCAUGAUGGACAGGGCCGUAUCCACUGUGUGGUCAUGUUUAUAAGCCUAAAGGUUUAUUUUAUAAAAUGCUUUUCCCAUACUGACAUUUGCAGGUUUUUAAAAUCCUAUUUAAGUACUUUUGUUCAGUGAACCAAAGAUAGUCCAUGUUGGAGAGUGUUGUUAGUAUCUGCAUUUACUGAGUUGAUUAAUGGGAGGUGAAGAGUAUUUCUGUUUUCAUGUGGAUCCUUGUCAGUGGUAUUUGGUAUCACUGCGGAGGCAGUUUGGUUGAGUAACAGAAUUAUAAAUUUUUAGUACUUAUAAGGUAUAUUCUUCAGUGAGCAAAGUGAUGACAAGAUUGUUUAUUGUCAUUCUUCAGUACAUGUAAAGAAUGAAAUGAUUGUUACUCCAGAUCCAAUGUUGCUUAAAAAAACACACACAAUAAGCAUAUAGAACACAAUAUUCCACUUUUGUGUCCACCUUUUUUCCAGAAGUGGGCAAUUAUAAAUUCACGUUCUAGCAAGGAUAUCACCCUCCCCAUUUCUUUAGUCUCUGCACUGUAAACAUUUUAAACCACUCUUUAUAACGUGGUUCACUUUGUAAAUAAGUAAUGGUAAUUAUGUAUUUGUGCACAUUUUAUUCCAGUUGUGUACUUUAACCUCCAAGUUUUUAAAAUAAUUCUUUAUUCUUA